UGGAAAACUAACCCGAAAUCAAUAAUAAACUAGACAUUAAGUACAGAGAUAAGUACAUUAUUAUUAUUAUUAUCAUCUUACUUUUUAAAUGUUAUUAAGAUUUAAUAAUGUUUUUAUAAAAGCUUCUUUUGAAGACUUUUGUCAGUUUGAGUCCAGUCCGGGUUUUAACCGUAAGCGGAAGCGGUUGUAAACAGACAACGAAACACAUCAAUAAACCUCAUGAAGAUACAACUUUACUCUCAGUGUCAUGGAGAAUUAUGAAGAUUUCAUCAAGAGACAUUAUGAAGUUUCUGCUGAUGUUGAUAUUCCGCAGACUUUCUCUAAAUCUUCAUCAGUCAUUGUGUUUCAUGGAGCAUCUGUUCUUCCUCCUCUGCUCAAUGAACAGCAGCGAGACGAGAUGAGACGACUCAGAGAAAGAGCCGUGAGGUUGAUGAAGAGGAGGAGUGAGGAAGAGUCUCACAUCAGUUUUAAAGAGACUGUGAGUAUUCCUCAUAAGAGUGAUGACAUCACACACUGGAACAUCAGCACAUCCAAUCAACACACACCUCUGACAUCAACCGCUCACGAUGGCCCAUCUGUCAAUCAGCUGAGAGCGUUUCCAGCAGACGAUUCGCUGGAGAACACACAGGUCACAGUUCUGUUCGAGGGAGUCGGUCUCAAGUCACACACACGUCAAGGAUUCGACAAUCACUCCGAUAAACAUCCACACUGUGACAUCAGCAGCCAGAUGAUGAUGAUGUCAUCAGGAUAUGUGACCAAUGAAAACACAGCCAUCACCUGUCACUCAAGCUGGAUGGAAGGGGAGGGAGGAGGGGGGACAGCGAGGUCAGCCGGAGGUGUUCACUUAAAUAUGACACAGUCAACCAACGCUGCAGGAAGUGACAUAAUCAGUCACGCUCCAGUGGAUGCAGUGUUCUUAGAGGAGGAGAAUUCAGAACCAGCUGAAAAUAUUACAGAACCAGUAAACCCGCUGUCUGAACUGGACCUGGACGAGGGACCGUACCGAAUGAGUCUUCAGAAUCUGCUGAAGAAAUCUCAGGAGUACCGGCGACGCCAGCGCCUGCUGCGAAAUCAAACCAGAACUCUCAAACCCACCGCUGACGAUCUCAGCUUGUCGGAUAAAGAAAACGAGGAAUUCUUUCCCAAACACAUCUUGAAGAGCGAGCUCAGGAAAGCCAGAGAGAAAAGGAAGGAGCUGGUAAAGCAGUCCGACACCAGCGUGAGCUCAGAACCGCUUGAGACCGAAGCGUAUCACACAGACAUCACAAAUGAAACCUGUUGUAGCAUGAGCACUGACGCUCUUCCUGCAGAACAUGAUGACACUCUGACAGCUGAAAUUGACAAUCUUUCUCUGUUGUCUUCAACAGAACUUCCCGUCACAGCCAAAUCUCUGUAUCUCUCCAAACAGAAGGCCGAAAUCUUGUCCAGAUCCUCUUCAGCAGCAACAGGGAUGAAGUUCACCAGCGUCCCGAUGCCCAAGUUCUGCUUGAGUCCCGUACGGAGCAAAAAAGGUAGUGGUACACCUGAUCGUGAAGCGCUGGUAAAAACAGUUUGUGUGGAGUGUGAUGCUGAACCAAUAGUUAAAGGUGAUCACCAUGAUGAAGGAAAGUCUUUAAAGCAAAGCACUGAGCAAACGGAACAAAUCACACAGUUAGAGCUGAACUUAUCGAGUCUUAAAGCGCUCAUAUCCGACCUGGAGUCAACGCUGAUGCUCUCACAAACUGGUAACAGUCGCAUCACACUGAACCAAGAAGGAAGUUCUCCAGAUGUUUGUUUGAAAAGGCCUUCAGCGGUCACUAUUAAUGAAACUGUGGAGCGAGAGAACGCUGCAAACAAUUGUGGCACUGGAGACGAAGCGCCAUCACAAACGUUCACCCACAAAUUCAGACUUUCAAACGCAAUACAGACUGUCAAUCAUUCCAUACUCCCCACACUCACAGGAGGCAUCCUCGCUGACACCAGUAACCAGUCUAAGGGAGGAGGAAGCUCUCUGAUUGGCUCGUCAUAUGAUGUUGAUAGCCCCUCUGAGCUCUGGACAAAGGGGAAGCAGCUGACCCCUGAGAUGGGGGGUCAUGAGGGCGUGUCCCGUGCCAAACGGAGGCUCCUGAUGAACGAGGUGGAAGUGUGUAACCCCGGACGAGAGACCAGCACACCCAAAGUGAUGUCAUCAGUGUUGCAGUCGUCUGCGCAGACGCAGGGGGAUCAGGUGAGAGUUCUGAUGGAGGAAGAACGCAGACAACAACAGGGACUACUGCAGUCUUUGGCGGUGCGCUACGAGUUUCUACGGCACGUGUCCUUCCCGUGUCCCACCGCGAGCACACGUCUGGAGGACACGUCGACCUCCCCCCUCCCCCCGUCUGUCUGCACACACACUGAGUUUACACACCUCAGCGACACACACCGCAGCUCACCGCAGAUGUGUCGCACUCUGGUGGCGGCGGUGGUGAAGGGCUUCCUGACCCGUCGACUCUUGCACACAGAACGCGUGUCACAGCUCGUCAGAACCAUCAAGGACACUCGUGAGUUCCUGCUCUCAUUCCAGCAUCAGACGCCCGUCAGAGGAGAAUUCAGCAGCAGACACGACCUCAUGCUGCAGGAGAGAGUCACACUACAGCUGCGUGCUGCACGAUACGAGUUACACGACGUCUUCUUCAACACGAGCAGCUGUGAGAGGAUGCAGUUGAUCAGUUGGGACAGGGAACUGACCAGAGACCGAAAACUCAAACAACACGAUAAUAAAGCGUCUCAGUCGAGAGGAAAGAGUUCACUGUCCGCUGCCACUAGAAAAGCGUUAGAGCGCAGGAGACUCGUGUUACAGAAGAAAGUGGCAGACAGGACAAAGUCUUCACCGUUUAAAGAGGACAAAUGGAACCUCGUGCCAAAGAUUUAUCGGGUCUCGAAGAAAAACAGCCCGUUACGAGGACCGAAGAAGCAUCAAUACUGAAGCAGACGCCAA